GAACUUCCUGAUGGUGGGCUCGGUUUGAUCUUCCAACUGACGUGAAACUCGUUUCUCAAUAAUAGCAGUAUCAAAGACAAGAUAUGACAUUUAGUUUAUUAUUUAUUUAGUACAUUGUUAUUUCAUUAAUUUAGUUUUAUGUCUGUGUAUCUCGGUAUUUAUUUUAAUGAUGGGCUGACAGAGUACUUGAGUGGACGUGCUCCGGAACGUUGCAUGUGUUGUGACUGUGAUCGACUGCGGUGCAUUUCCGCUUCCCACCGAAGUAUACGGUCGCGUCGCGCUCCAGCUGCGGUUCGAUGGUUCGAUUGAGGACCUGAAGUGGCUUCAGACAUGGACACAGCUCUUCUGCCACCACCGCCUCUGCCACCGCCUCAGCCAGGAAGCUGGGCUCCCAAAACCCACCUGAAACCUCAGGACGCUGCAAUGCCUUAUAACAUUCACCCUCCCAUCCAGGAGACAAAUCCGACAGCGGGGGCGCUACCUGAUGCUCAGGGUGAAGAAGCUCCACCGAUAUUCCAAGAGCAAGAUGGACAAGAAGACAAUCACUCUGACAGUGAAGAGAUAUGCCCUCCGGUGCAGGAAACUGACCCUGCACCACAGGCGUGUCACGACCCACAGGUCACAGAGCAGCAAGAUGAACAAUCCACUCACAUGGACCUGGCUGGAGAAGGCCGAUUGGCCUGAAGCACUUUAGUUAUGAAAUAUCAAAGCUGUGUAUUUACUUGAAAAUGCUGCUCUGAGCUCCACCUGAAACACCAUAACGUGGUAUAAUUGAGAAGGCACGUUGCUUUAUGUCCAGGCCAAAGAUGUUUGAACAUGUUAUUUCAGCCUUCAGUCAACUUCAAUCUCAUUACCUGCAGCAGAGCAGAUCAUUUAGAGCUUUGCUUUAUUCAUACAAAUCCCCACCGUAUACUUUAUAGUGCCUUUGAGAUGAAAGCUUGAAGAUGGACAUUUUUAGUGACAUCUAAAAGAAGCAGAUUGUAAAUAACACCAAAAUUAUAAAAUAUAUGGACCGAGAGUAACAGUAAUCUGAAUGUAUAUAUAUAUAAGUUGUCACUACUAUUCCUUAAAGGGAAACUACCACAUAUUCCACAAAAAGGUGUUUUGUCAUUGGAGGUAUUAUUCACCCUGUAUCGUUUUUCUCUGUAUACUCUGAGUUUAGAGUAGCGAACUGAAGGUGAUUGACAAUCAUAUUGCUCAGGAUUUAAUUUAAUCUCAUUUCGUGUUUUCUAAUUGCACAUUUUGAUCAGAUUUGUUUUUGCCUCCUUUAAAAUAAAACAUGAAUUAAAUCCAAA